GCGCGGAUCAGAGUUUCCUUGGAGACGCGUUUACUUCCUGAUAAACACAGAAUUUAACAAAUUUAUCAUUUAUUACCUGAGAUCUGAUCCGGAUCGGUGUGUUCCUCUCUGCCUGAGGCUGGAUGGUGAGAGAGUGAGAGAGUGAGAGAGUGAAGGAGGAGUGAGAGAGAAGACCGGCUCGCGAGCGAACAGAAGUCCUGACCGUAAUAAAGUAACGCACUAAUGGAGCCUUUACGCGUUUAAACCCGGAGAUACAGUGGGGAUUUAUCUCAUGCACAUUAUAGGAGAUGUCUGAGAGUGUUUGAACGGCUGCCAUGGCACUAAAGGAGCAACCUGUACCCGGGGUCAUAAUUACUGCUGCUGCUGCUCUGGUGCUCUGUUUAUUGGGUGGAGUCGGAGGUGAGCGGGCCACACUGCGGGUGAAACAGGGAGAUUCAGCGAUCCUGAACUGUCCCCUCAGUCCUCCGAGGGACGUUUCCUUGGGUCCGCUGCACAUAGUCGAGUGGGUCCGUCGGGAUUACGACAUUCCCAUCCUCAUCAAGUUCGGCGCACACGCACCAAGAGUUCAUCCCAGAUAUGAAGGUCGGGUGUCUCUCGCCGAGGGGACGGCUCUGAGGGUGGACGCUCUCGUCCUGGAGGAUGCAGGCUGGUACGAGUGUCGCCUCCUGCUGCUGGAUAAAUCCUCGGAGGAGACGCGGAACGGGAGCUGGACGCUAAUCUCAGUCACAGCCCCUCCUGUGUUCAGCGAAACUCCGCCCUCUAUCACAGAAGCCCUUCUCGGCAGACCAAUCACUUUGAAGUGCGUUGCCUAUGGCAACCCUCCUCCCACCAUCAAGUGGUAUAAAGAUGGUGUUGUAAUGAACCGGACCAGCGAUGUGAAGGUCCUGAAUGGGAGUCUGAGUUUCUCCUCUGUGAGCAGAGAGACAGCAGGACGUUAUGAGUGCCAAGCCUCUAACAGCGAGGGAAAUGUGAAACACACCAUGCAGCUCAGUGUCAAAGGUCCUCCUGUUAUCCUGAUCCCCCCGACGGACACCGUCCUCAACAUGUCCCACGAUGCCUUGCUGCGGUGCCAGGCCGAGGCCGAUCCUCCCAACAUGACCUACGUGUGGAUGAGAGAUGGAGAGAACGUCUACCAUAUAGAAUCUCAGAAGUCUCGUGUAAAGGUCAUGGUAGACGGCACUCUUCUCAUAUCCAGGUUAAUCCCAGAGGAUUCUGGGAAAUACACGUGCAUGCCUACUAACGGCCUUCCGACUCCGCCCACUGCCUCGGCCACGCUUACAGUGCGACACCCUGCGCAGGUGACUCGGAUGCCCGAGCGCACCUUCCUCCCGACGGGUCUGAAGGGGGUGAUCUCCUGCCCGCUGGUCUCUGAACCCCCGCUGCUCCGAGUCGACUGGACCAAAAACGGAAAAGCGCUGGAUCUCAAUGCUUACCCGGGCUGGAUCCUGACAGCAGACGGUUCCAUCGUCAUCACCACGGUUAAUGACGACGCAGUGGGCGUGUACACCUGCACUCCGUAUAACAGCUACGGGACGAUGGGCCAAUCACAGCGCACCACCGUCGUCAUUCAGGACCCUCCGGCUAUCACGCUGGCUCCGAGUAAGGAGUACAGGGCGGAGGUGGGGAGGACGCUGAUGAUCCCCUGCCAGGCUCACGGGGAUCCUCCACCUAAAGUCAACUGGAAGAAGCUCAGUCCUUCUGUCUCUCGCCCUCCGUACUCAGUGUUAGGGAAUGGUUCUCUGCUCCUCGAGUCUCUGAGUAAGGAGCAUCAUGGUGAGUGGGAGUGCAGCGUGACGAACCUCGUGUCCACCACCACGGCCACCACCGCCAUCAUGGUGUUUGGUACUAGUCCUCACGCCGUGUCCUCCGUGUCCGUUGACGUCGGAAUGGACCAGGCCAAUGUGUCCUGGGUGCCUGGAUUUGAUGGAGGAUAUACACAAUCUUUCACCGUCUGGUUGAAGUGUGUGUGUGCAGAUGAGGAGCAGCAGGAGUGGCACUCAGCUCCUGGUCCGUCCUCCAGCACCAGCGUGUUGGUCGGUGACCUCCUUCCCUCCACCGAGUACCAGUUCAACGUGAUGGCUCAGAACAAGCUGGGCAGCGGCCCAUUCAGUGACAUCACCGUGGCCCGAACCAUGGACACGCUUCCUACAUCAUUAAAGCUGGAGCCGCCCCUGCUGCUAUCCUCCAACCAGAGCUCUGAGGGACUUUAUCUACGGUGGGUGGUGCCACCACCUCAGCAGCUGCCGAUAGACAGUUUUGUCCUCCAGUCACGUCGUGAGGAAGGGGAGUGGUCGACCUUGGAUGAGGACAUCAGUGCAAAUAAGACUGAAAUGCUUGUUCAGGGAUUACAAAAGAACUGCAACUAUGAGCUAAGACUCCUGUCUCGCCGUGGAGAGCAGCUGAGCGUGCCCAGUCACUCGAUCAAUGUCUCCACUCUGGUCCUGGAUUCUCCCAGUUCAAGGCUCCCAGGGGCAGACCCCCAACCACUCUGGACUGGAAUCGUGAUAGGGAUGGCGGUCUUGUGCCUUUUACUUCUGAUAGUUUUGGUCACUGUGUGUAUAAUUGGCCGUAAAAGAAGCCGGCGGCACAGGAAGAUGAUGCGAGAUCACCUCCCUGCUUCAUCUAGGAAAUCUGACUCCGCCCCUGACAGCCCUGACAGUGUGCUCAAACAGAAGCUCCUCCCCCUGCGCCCACUCUCCAGUUCAUCCUCCUCCUCAGACCACUCCUCCAUGGACAAAUCCAACCGCAGUGAUGGUCCUGACCAGAAACAGCACCAACUCCCACAUACCCAACCCGGUGCCCAGGGUUCAGUACCAGGGAAUCAGCUUCAUCGUGACUCCACUGUGGACCUCAUUCACCGUGGGCCAGAUGGACGAUUCAUGGUUGAGCCUUAUGAAGAACUUAGCACUACAGAUUCCACUCCAUUCAGGCACGAAAUGUCAAGGCAACGCUUUUCACGUUCGUCCGAGCGACCUGGCGAUGCCACGCUUCGUAAAUCGCAAUCAUUGCGCUCUUACAGCAGUGAAAGAAGACAUCCUCCUUUUGUCCUUUCCGUUGACAUGCCCUCUUGUGGACUGGACAUCUCUCCUUCUGGCAGAGCACAAACAUUGCCCAGGUAUGGCUGCUACUCUGUGGCUCUAGGACAGGAGAUCUCAAAUAGAUCAAGUCUGUCCUCUGAGAUCAGCGGUUCUGUUCUGUGUCCACCAUCAGACAACUGUCCAGCGCUAAAGCCUGGCGGUGAUCACCAAAGAGCCAGCGCUCUUGUUCUGCAAAUGGAACAUGAAAAAGAACAAGGCAACCUUAGUCACUGUCUUAGGUUGGCCCGAGAGAGAGAGGAGCUGGAGCGAGAGUUGCGUAAGUACACUCUGGAUCGGAACUUUGAGGUCCAGAGAGGUGGGUCACUCCGAGUGGUGUGCAAGAGGGAAAUCGAGGAUAAUGAGUUAACAGCCUGGAAAAGCAGAGGAAUGGGGUCCUUGCAAUUUACACAACUGCCCAACAGAGGGCAAUGUCUAUCCAGUAACACUAUUAGUCCAAGAGUAAGAGCUUCUUCUUGUAUUCCGUGGGAGUCUGGAUAUAUAAUGUCUCCCAGUAACCUCGUGCAAGCACAGAAUUGCCACGAAAGGGCUUUUGAAUGCCUGAAGGACUCUCAUUUAAAUCAAAUGUCAAACCAAAGAAGGUCUAGAAGUCUAGAGCGAGGGGAACACCAAAGAUUGCGUGUGAAAGAUCAGCAGCGAAGGCGAACCAUGACUGAAGGUGCCCCUGUCAAUUUUGACAAUAAACCUUUAUACCCAACAUUGGAAAGAUCUCAUUAUAAUGUGCAGGGCAGCCUGACUAGUCCUGGAGACUACAGUUACAGUCAGCAACAUAUCUUUGCAAGGAUGAAUCACUUGGGAGAUCCAGAGCAAGGAGGAAAAGCAGAGAAAAGCAGAGGGCAGGCUGGGUGCGAGACUGAUUAUGAGGAGAUGUGUGUGGAUGAGCCAGAGAUACAGCCUCAGAUUCCCCGAGCGAGGUCCAUGCAGCGGUCCAUGCAGCGGUCCAUGCGGUCUCAAAGACCCGAUCUAUAUCAGCUCCAGAUGGAGACAGAAAGACAAUCAGGAUAUAAAACUAUUCAGAGGGGAUCGAGAAGAAUCCCAGAAAGGAUGAGUAGAGGGUCAAGCAGCACCCUUCCUUUAAAACAUCGACAAAAACAAGCUUUUGAAAACAAUGGAGACACCCAAGGUAUAAAUCACCACAGAAGUGCUCCUAGUUUGGAUGACAAAAAGUACAGCGAGCACUUCCUGCCUCCUGAUGCCUGGAUCGACUCACUAAACAGGGGACAAAACCCCUCCAUGUCUCCUUCUCCAUGUGGAGACCAGAACCAGCUGACACAGAUCCAAGAAAACGGACCAUGCGCACCUUCAGAAAUUCAGGUUCGGGACUCCUGUCAUCAGCAUGCUACAAAUAUUGCGUCUACUGCAGAGCGAGCCUGUCAGCGCCAUAGCCCUCCUUCCAUGCCUCUAGAGGAUUCCAAUUGGCAUCCAAUGCACUGCUACUCCCCGGAACCAGAGGGAAGUUGCCGGAGCUAUACCAGCCAUAGCAGUGGCAGAGGAAGUCUGGAUCAUCCAAGCAGCAGGCAGUCUCUGUCUUUUAGUCCUCCUCUAAACACCUCCCUAGAGAUCCCUGAGGAGAGCGAUAGAGAUGAGCCUGGCCAACGCUCACUGCAGGAAUGCUCCAGGAGAGAUUCAGUUGAUGAGAACUAUGAGUGGGACUCACACUACGUCUCCGUGAACUCUAAUGACCUCAAAACGUCAAUCAGCUCAGUGUGCCUGCAGGAGGAGAUGCUGAGCAAGGGAAGACGGAGGAGUGCUGUGAGCGACAGCAGACUGAUAUUAAAGCAGGAAAAGAGAGGUCUAUAUCAACAUAUUAGCAUUUUGCCACCCAGCUGUGAAGAGUCUCAGCUUGAGCAGGAAAUUCAGCAUGGCUCCAUGUGCUACCCGGACCCUAAUCCCGAUGUGAAUGCUGCGCCGGUGCUAUUCUAAAUGGACUCUAAAUGAAUCAUCUGCACCAAAGAUGGAGGACCAGAGAGCAAGUGCUUCUCAUCACACAACUCCAAACUCAAAGCAAAACAGAAUCUGAGAUGGAGAACUCAUUUCUUUUUUUUUUUUUUUCUACCUGUUUGCGCUUUCAGUGUUCAAAAGGUUUCCUCCAGAAGAUGCUAAUGAGAAGAGCCUGAUGUUUUCCGGGACAAGUCCAGCCAUCAUGACGUCUCCAAUGACAUUAGGAUUUGGGAUCAUUUCUGCGUGGAAUUAGACGGCGACUCUGAUUGGUCGCACGCUCCAGACUCAAAGGAUGAAGAACAUGAAAGAAUCGUCUCAUUUCAUCACUCGUUUGAGAUUACACCGAGGACGAAAGAGCCUCAAGAACCUGCUCUAAAUAAGCUCAUGUGAGCUUUCAGCACUGUGAUUUACGCCUCUUGUGCCUGCAAAGGAUAGAACAAAACUUUUUUUUUUUUAUAAAGUUUAUGCCAAGGAUGGACCAGGUCUUAUUCAAGGAACAUUGCCCGUCCAGAAGAUCAGAACAGGGAGUUUUUGAGAUGCAGUUUGAAGCAAACUUUCUGCACGGAGGUUAUUAGGCGUGAAUAUCGAUAUCGAUCCUCGCUCGGAGACAGAGCCGUGGGAUUAAAGGCCUGGUCAGCUGAGAGGAAAAGUUAUAAAGUGAAAGCUUUCUCUUCACACUCAUUGCCUUUGAGAAUACCAUAAGAGGACGCGAUGUGUUCCGCGUGAUCUCUGAGUGAAGCGAUCCGUUAUAUAAUGUAAAGACGGCAUAAUGGAAGGAAGAGUUUACUUUUUAAAACAAAAUUAAAAAAAAAACUUACAUGAAGGAUUACAGUGGAAAGGACACACAACUGUUUACUACAAUUUUUUUUCUUUACUCAACAUCAUUAUAUUUACUUUAUACUCCAAUCCUCAUUUGUGUAAUGGAUUUAUUUGUAAAAUAUUUAAAUAAGAAACGUAUAUGUGGUAGAAGUUCCAGUUUGUAUUUGUAUGAGUUUAUGUACAGAAUAAGGAGACGCGCUAAUGGGAACCCCGACUGAUCAGCUGUAAAAUGUAUAACUGUUAAUGAGUAUAUGUACUUUAUACACGUAUUACACUGUCAAGUUUG